UCAUGCUAUCUCAUGCUGUGUUUUGACAAAACCAACCUCACAAUCCCAAGAACAAGAACAAGAAGAAGAAGUAAUAGUAAUAGUGGUAAUUAACCAUGGUUUCAACAGGAGCAAUACUAUCUCCUUCUUCAUCCCAGCUCAUAUAUUCUAACUACAGCUCAGCUCGUUCAAUCUCACGGCUCUCUCCUCUACAACUAUGCGACGUCGUUCUAGGCAGCAGCGCCUCCUCCAAAGUGCUUAACUUGAGCAAUCAUGGCAAGAGAUCAGCAAGACAUGUCCGGUGCAUGGCUGUGGCAGCAGAGGAGGCUGCACCAAAGAAGAAAAGUGGCUCGUACGAGAUUACAACGCUGACCAACUGGCUGCUCAAGCAGGAACAGUCAGGUGUGAUUGAUGCUGAGCUCACCAUUGUGCUGUCCAGCAUUUCCAUGGCCUGUAAGCAGAUUGCAGCAUUGGUUCAAAGAGCCAGUAUUUCCAACUUAACUGGUGUUCAGGGCGCUGUUAAUAUCCAAGGAGAAGACCAAAAGAAACUCGAUGUUGUUUCUAAUGAGGUUUUCUCUAAUUGUUUGAGAUCAAGUGGAAGAACUGGGAUUAUAGCCUCAGAGGAAGAGGAUGUACCAGUGGCUGUGGAGGAGAGUUACUCAGGCAACUACAUCGUUGUGUUUGACCCUCUUGAUGGUUCUUCCAACAUAGACGCUGCAGUGUCAACUGGGUCAAUCUUUGGAAUAUACAGUCCUAAUGAUGAGUGUCUUGCUGAAAUUGGUGAUGAUGGCACAUUAGGCACGAGUGAACAAAGGUGUGUUGUGAGUGUUUGCCAACCGGGGAGCAAUCUGCUUGCUGCUGGCUACUGCAUGUACUCAAGCUCGGUGAUCUUCGUCCUUACCAUAGGGAAGGGAGUUUUCGCUUUCACCUUGGACCCCAUGUAUGGUGAAUUUGUGUUGACACAGGAAAGUAUUCAAAUCCCAAAAUCAGGAAAGAUAUACUCAUUCAAUGAAGGGAACUACCAGCUUUGGGAUGACAAGUUGAAGAAGUACAUUGAUGAUCUUAAGGACCCUGGCCCCAGUGGGAAGCCUUACUCGGCCCGCUACAUAGGAAGUUUGGUUGGGGACUUUCAUCGAACACUUUUGUAUGGUGGCAUUUAUGGCUACCCGAGAGACAAAAAGAGCAAGAAUGGGAAGCUCAGGCUCUUGUACGAGUGCGCUCCAAUGAGCUUUAUAGUGGAACAAGCUGGUGGCAAAGGCUCAGAUGGCCACCAAAGAGUUCUUGACAUUACACCAGUUGAAAUUCAUCAACGAGUUCCUCUUUACAUUGGAAGCACGGACGAAGUGGAGAAACUAGAAAAAUAUUUAGCAUGAUGACUAUAUAUAUGUAUGUGAGAGUGAAAGAAAAAAGCACAAAAAUGAAUGAGAUUAAGUUUUGAUUAUGAAAUCAAUGUUUAUAGGGGUUUUGUUUUCAAGAAAUACACUAAAUUGAAAGCUAAGGAGAAAAGUGCUUCUCUAGUUGUGUUCCA